GGUAUUGUUUAUGGUCGCCAGUUGAGUUCGUUGCUCAUUAAAUUAAACUAAAAAAAUACACUGUGUUAUUAGUUUAAUGUUCGACGUCAAGCAGCGAUUUACAUAAUACAGUAAUGUCAAGUCAAAAGAUGCCAAAUCCUUCAACUUUACGAUUAUGUAGUUCUUGUGGUAGUGAUAAACCUAAAUACUGCUGUCCAAGAUGCGAGGCUUACUCAUGCAGUUUGAUUUGUGUCAAAAAGCAUAAAGUUCAAGAGUCAUGCUCUGGACAGCGUGACAAGGCGAAAUUUAUAGCAAAAAGUAACUACAACACAAGUCAACUACUCCAAGAUUACAGAUUUUUGGAGGAGGCAGGAAGAAUUGCUGACAAUGCCCAAAGAGAUAAUUUAAAAAAAUUCAAGUUCUACUCUAACAAUGCGAGAAAACUGAAAAACGUUGCAAUUCAACAUGGUGUUCACCUUCAGUUGAUGCCGGUUGGAUUUAAAAAAAGAACGGAAAAUACAAGUUUUUUUCAUUUCAAAACGAAGGCUAUAAUGUGGCGAGUAAGAUGGGAAUUUCCCCAAGCAAGGACUUAUUACAUUGACGAAAGAGUGUCGGAAAAUCAAUUAAUCGACGACUUGCUGGAAAAGUAUUUACAUGAAACUAAAGCUGAUCCUAUAAUAAAGCAUAAGUUGAAAAUCUAUGGGAAAGGUGAAAUAGGAGUAUUUUUAAAUGAUCAUUCAACGCAAUCCGGAAGUUUCCACAAGAUUGAGACAUCCAUGACACUGAGGGAUGUUUUAGCAGGGAAGGUGAUCAUCGAAUACCCAACUUUUCAUGUCGUUUUGCCGACGUACUUUACGAAUUAUUCCACAAUAAUUUCAGCUCCAAAGCGACAAAAACUAGAAUCAGAAUUUGCCGAUCAUAACACGACGUCGGCAGUCACCGUAAAUGAAGACUUAUAAUUGGUUUAUCCUGGAAGGCGUCCAACAUGAAUCCAAACUCGACGAACAAGGGCUGCAUGAACAAAGUACACAAGAUGAAUUGGAUACUUAGAACUAACAUUGUUUAAUGUAAUUAUUUUAUAUUUGUAUGUAAAUUUACAACAUUGAAAGAUGCUUUGGAAUGGAAUGUAUAGAUAAAUUACAUUGGAUCGUUGUGUGCGAGCUGUGAAAGUAGAUGUAAUAGAGACUAACUGAUGAUUAAAAUCCUGCAUAUCAUGGAA